CCUCGGGCUCCUGGUCCCGGCGGCCGCCGCUCCCUCCCGGGCCCCGCCGGACGCCGCGUCCCGCCGGCCCGCGGGGCGGCAGAAGAUGGCGGCGGGGGCGGCCCUACGGCUGCCGGAGGGCGCAGGGCACCUGUCCCGGCCUUCCGGGGCUGCCUGCCCGAGCGGAGCGGAGCUGAGCUUCGGAGGGGCGGCAGCGCUGGAGCCGGAGCCGGAGCCGGAGCCGGGGCCGGGGCCGGGCGGGCGGCGGGCGGCGGGAGGCGGGGAGAGCGCCGGCAGCCCUCCCAGCAGCCCUCCCGCCGCCGCCAUGGCGAGCGAGCCGCCGGCCUGGAGCCCGGCCUCGGCACAGGCGGCCUCGCUGCUGGAGGAGGCGGCGGAUCUGCUGGUGCUGCACCGGGACUUCGCCGCCGCUGUGGAGAGAUGUGAGGCGGGCUGCGACAGCCUGGGCCCCGGCCCCGGCGCCGAGAGUUCUGCAGAAGUGAAAUGCUCCCUUUGUGUUGUGGGGAUUCAGGCGCUGGCUGAGAUGAACCGGUGGAGAGAAGUUCUGUCUUGGGUCCUACAGUAUUACCAUGUCCCCGAACAUCUGCCUCCAAAAGUUCUGGAGCUGUGUAUCCUGUUAUACAGCAAAGUGAGAGAGCCCCAAGUGAUGCUGGAGGUUGGCAGUAGCUGGCUGAGAGACCAAGCCAAUAAGAACCUCCUCGAGUAUGGUUCAUUGCUGGAGCUCUACCUGUUGCACGUGUUGCUUCCGCUUGGCCAGUUUGAGGGGGCAGAAGAGCUUGUACGUGGCUGUGAUGUUCUUGACAGUGAACAGCAGCUGGCAUUUCUCGGGACCAUUCGUGAAAGCCGGUGUCAGCAGACUCAAGGGGAAGAGAUGCACUCCACUGAUGAAGAGCAGCAGGAUGCAGCAACAGAAUCUGUUUUGGGUGCUCUGUCCCAAAAGCUCUUGGCCAUGUUGACAUUGCUACGUCGAGCAUUGAGGUCCAUGUCAAGCCAUUUCUAUUUACUUCCUUAUAAAAAGAUGCUCUUGGCUACUUUUCUCCUUUACCUGGUGGUGGUGAGAUUAGAUCCAGCUUCUCCCACAUCACUGCCGUUCAUUUACAAACUGGUCCAGCUCUUCCGACAGGCUUGGGCAGCUGUCUUUUCUCCAAUCCAUAGGCCUCCAAUUCAAGACUAAGCAUAUUCCGUCACAGAAAGCGUUGUUCUCCGCUGUUGUGUGUCAGCUUGUCUUGAGGAUGUUACCAGGCUCUUCAAGGACUGUCAAAAUUAGUAUCCUAAUUGACAUGAGCACUUGUAACUCUUGUGUGGUGACAACUUCGUUUCUUCAGAUGGGGAAUAGUGGUGUAUGAAUUUUGAAACCACAUCAAGUAUUCCUGAUGUUUUCCUCAGCUCUACAGCACUGGCCUGUCCAACACCGGGGUAAAGCCACUCCCUCCAUAAUUGACAACUUAAUAAGAAUCCUUUUUCAAACACUUUGCUUUGGAUGUAGCUCUUGAGUGAGGGUUGUGUAGCCAGUUAAGAGCUAUGGAAGAAAGUUUUACCCUUACAAGUGCCAGGCAGUUCUACGAACAAGUGAAACAGCUUUCCUGACGGCACAACUGUGAAAGGCAGCAGAGUACCAGUAAUUAAGGGAAUAUUCUGUUUUGCCUGAAGACAUCUGAAAAGCCCAGUUCCUGCAGCAUGGGAUUUAGGACAAACGUGGAAAAAAAAUACCAGAGGAAAUGAAGGCUAUUGCAUUUUGAAGGCUGUGGUUUCUCUUGUGACCGAUGCCUUCUUGUAUAGGUGCUCUUGAUUUUAGUCAAGUUUAAUCCAGAAAGGUAAGGUGGUGGGCCACAAAGACUGUUGUGCUGCGCCUACACUUCCUAAAUGCAAAUUACAGCAUUUCAUGCUUCCCUGAUACAUCAUAAUUCUUAAGAGCACAUACUGGUGGUAAGGAAAUAGAUUUAUUUUUUUUAAACUAUAUUCUGUAUUACUGUCUAAUUGAACAUCUCAAGUUGUUGCAUUAAUUUUACUCUUUCCCUGCCUCUUACUUUGUUUAUGUAGGUGUUUAAAAGUCUCUGUAUGUCUAGAAUCUGACUCCCCCUCCAGCCCCAGUAUCUAAAUCCUGGUUUAUGUAGGAGCCAGUUAGCAGUGCUUUAUAAUUCAGAAUAAAAGUUUAUUAAUAAGUAGAAAGAGAUUAUUUCCCUGAGAUCCCAAAACCUUGCCCAGAUCUGUGGCAAGAACAUUACUGUCUUUGCAGAAGAUCUGUUACCAGACUGACCUUAUUUCUGACCAUUUGGGGCAGAAUUUGGAGUAGAACAUGAAUUUCUUCUCCAUCCAUCUACUUAUGCUUACUUGACAAAGAGUAAAUUCCAAAGGAGAGAGCACUGUGCUACUUAAUUAGUGCUUCCACUGGAGCAACCUCUUGUUUGCUGGAGAGACAAGUUAAAGGUAAGGACAAGGCAAACGAGUUGCCUGCUAUCCCAGCAUCUGUGCCAAAAGGGUGCAGGCUGGCUAAGGUCAGCCCAAACUACAAAAUGUUGAGCAAAGCAGCCUUUUGGGUGGGCAAAUUCUAUCCCAACACACCAAACCUGUGACAAAUACCUAAUAUAGAUCCCAGUACAACAGUAGUUUCAUUCAGCUUGCUCCUUUGUCUUUAGGAGUCACCAUACCCUGAGGUGUUGGCUGUUUCUGUCCUCUUCACAGGGAUAGUAGGCUGUUGGUGCCUUUAAACUCUUUGUGAUCGGUUGCUUUGUUGUCUACCAGCCACUUUGAAAACAGUUCUGUGUUCUUCUUGGAUUAUCCCACUAGAGAAAAACUCCAAUCAUAAUGUCAGUUAAACUGAGACAGGUCAGUCAUGAAUGCAGUAAUGACCUUACUUAGUUAUCUCAGAGUAAAACCCAAAAUAACCCCAUAUCCCUCCCCAAGGUUUUUGUCUCUGCUAGGACUUUACACCAGGAAAAGUAGCACAUAAUGUGUCACCUUAUUAAUAAGUUAUUUUGUAUAUAUUCUCUGCACAUAGGGAAGAGCUGCUCUUGACAUUGCUAGAUGGUUCUUGUAAUCCAGCUUUAAGUGUAGUUAAAACUUUGUAACCAACAGUUAAUGGGAAACCAGGCAGAAUCAAACACACAGGUUCUAUCUGAAGUUGUGCGCUUUCUCGAAAUGACUAUGUUGUAUCUACUGGCCCCCUGCUUUGCAAGGCAUCCCCUUAAGUACUUUGUAAGCCAGUUAAUGAAACAGGAAACUUCAGUCCAAAGUCGGGCCAAAUUCUUUCUGAAUUGACUGUUUAGGUAACAAGCAAUUUUGGCUCUGUUUUUCUAUUAACACUUUUAGUUAUGGCAGAGCUGCAUUUUGGGAGUUGGGACCAGGGGUCUGGGCAGGCUAUACAUUAUGUUUAGAAUGCUGUUAAAUGUCAUACCCGGUCAUUUAUCAGGACUUCAACUUGAUUUUAAGUGUAGGUUGGUAACCUUCACUUUUUUGGAGUACUACUGACUUUGCAUGUGUUGUAUUUAAUUCAAGAAGGCAGAAAAGUUAAUCAGGGUUUUUUUUGCAAUUAAUAUUAAACUGCGGUAUUUAAUUUUCACAAUAAAGUGACUACUGAUUUA